AAGACGAGAACAAUAGGUAAACUUAGGGGCUUUGUUGUUGGUGGUAAUAAAAUUUCUGCCCCGAUUUGUUCUUUUUUGAGGAAGAAAACGUAUAGAGCAAAGAUUUGGGGGAGUAUGUUAUCUGUGGUCAACUCUACGGUGUUCUCAAAAGGAAGACAUUAGACGAGAUAUCACAGCAAACAGGCUCGUAAGUCAUGGUGCUUUCUUUGUUAUUUAGUCUCAGACUAUAAAAUGAAGUGGAUAUAACUGAUCAUUUUAAUUUUUGUACCAUUUACUUUGUAGCAUUCAAGUUCCUUGCGACUUGAGCCAAAGGUUUUCAUUCAUUAGUCUUAAGUGCCAAUUUAUCACAUGAACUUACGUAUAUAUUGUCUUGUCUGAACUCUUACUUUUAUAAACUAUUUUUCUCGGGUAAAUCUGCGUUUGUUAUAAUAACCUCUGUCAUUAUUUUACGACCACGUAUUUUUUUUGUUAUUGACAAUCGUUAAAUUUAUUCGUCUUUAAUUAGCUAUCCUAGUUUAAACCACUCAGAGUUACACCUAUUUAAAUAGGUUAUGCUUAUUUUUUGUUUGACAGUUUUUCGCACUUAUCCUAAGUACCGCGCAGAAUUAUCGCUCUUGUAGAAAUUGAAUUAGAUGUGUUGACCUUCCCGUGCAAAACACCCGCACGCCACCUGUACCAGGUCGUACAGGAAAAUACACUUUGAGUGUCCAUGGCAACUGUCUCCACAGAGCCUCGGCUGGUAGGGCUAAGAUGAACAUUACAGAAAAGUAAAUUGGAACGUUUUCUGCGAAAAUUCAGACAAUGAGGUUUAUAGUCCAAAGAAGUGUUUCUGUCUUGCUCUUGUCGUUGCAGGCGUUUAAGGCUUAUAUGGUUCAUGCUCUAUAUUUCAGUUUGCGGAAAUUCUCUCAGUCCGUCAAAAUAAGGCUUUAAGAAAUGAAGGAUAAUUCGGACCAAAGGUGUUUAACUAGUUGGAGUCUUCAAUUCUUGGAAUGACGAGACUGAAACAUACAAAACUUAAUUCAGAAAACGCUGUAAUAAGAACGCGUAACUCGGGUUUUGCUAACGGUCAAAUCAAGUAUCAAAACCGCCUCCUACUGAUAUUAUAUAGCAAAUACGUAAGUUCUGUCUGGUGAUUUCCUCAGGUAUUUAUCGCUGUAAAACGAUAAUAACCUCUUCUCGUUAACUAUGAGCUAAUUGGCCAAUCAGUAUGCAGGAAUCACAGAAUAGAGCACAAGAAGAAUUUUACUAACAAGUAGUCUGUUAGACUAUUUUUUCUUAGAAUUGAGCGAGUAAAACACGCGAGUGCGCGGAAAUCACCUCUCGCGGGGAGAUCGGUCUCGAAUGCUUUAGAGCGAAAAGAUCGAUACGUUGUCUGAUAGGUAGUACGCACCGCGCACUGACAGUCGUCAAGCCUCACUUGAUUUUACUCAGUCUUUGCUAACAGGCAUCGCCCUUUUUAAAGUUUAAAAUAGCUAAGGAAAUAAAUUGGGAAAGCUCCGUAUAAAAGUGUUAUUAAGUAAAAUUUUUCUAACUGGCGCGCUUGAAAUUGAAUCCAGAGUAAACGAUUUUCACUUGACCCGUAGAAAAAGCCAGAUUCAUUUUGAUCGCAAAAAACAGAAAAUAAAAUUAAAGUAAAGAACUUGAAAGUUCCAUACAAAUCCCUGGAGACCACAGCUGAAUGUGUUCUAGUUUGACAGUUUUUGACAAGGUAGUUUGUGUGAUAUGUAUCGACUAAUGUUGCGGUUUAGUUACUUUAGUUCGAGUAGAAACCAAGACACGUACUUUCACAUCAUUUUUCAGUGCUAACUUCAAAAAAUCAAUGAAAACUUGAAGUCAUGGUUAUUAGUUCUCCAUUUAAACAUUUUUUGAUUCAAAACUAGCCAAAUGGCACCUCUUGUCAGCAAAAAUGGCACCUUCAACAAUUAGAUGUUUAUAAGAUUUGAAUUUUGUCUGUCUCGCAUCAGUUGAGUAAGGGUAAAGACCGAAAUAAAAAUGAUGUGCUUUACUGAAACUUCAAUGUUAUGCGAAAUAUAACACGAUUUUAUGUCAUAUCUCCAGCAAUUUUUUGGAUAGUACUUUAGGCCUUAGUGCACUCAAAAGGACACACGAGUUAAUCCAAAGUCGGUUUCGCACGUUAAUAUUACAGAUGUAGAAAAUGAUAUAUUUGAUUGAAAUUUGAGAUUCUUGUGGCGAUGUUUACAAAUUAGAAGUCUAAAAACCUAAACCUCGUCAAAACAAACAAACAGGAACACACAGAGAAGAAAAGCAAGAAAUCAUCCUCAGAUUCAUGUUCAUGGCAUUAUUAGUAAUCGGAUGAAAUUCAGGCUACAUUAUUGAAAGAGAAAACGAUAAUAACAUAACGUAUUCUAUCCAGCCUAAUUUGAAAGAGUUAACUAAAAUUCAAUGAAGUACUUCCUCCUUUCCAGUUGACAAUUUGUCACUGAAUUUAUUUAUUUCUUUAGGCUACAAUAGUUAGGAAUGAUUGUUUGUCAAUAACGUUAGAACUUUGGGUUGGUACCCUAACUUUUAAGUUGGACUAUCCCUGGGUAAUUUUCCCAGCCGACGGAGACUGACAGCAAUUGUGAUUUUCCUCCAGAGUUGAAAUUAUUCUAACAAUCUUUGAAAAGAAUUUAAGUCUCGAAUCACUUUGCCUAUAACUACAUUUUCGAGUGGCUCCGUAAGUAUAAAUUUUGGAGGCAGUGCUCAGUAUUUAGUAAUGUUUCAUUAUGUGUUUUCAAACUUCCAAAUUAACCAAGUACUUAGAUUGUAGAACCCUUGAUUACUGCAGGGCUUUUACUUUCGGAUGAAAACUUAUUAUUUUUAUUUUUGAAUAUCAGUUGAAUCUUGAGAUUCUUGAACAGCAAUAAAGACAGGUUGUUUAAAUUUUGAAAAUAAGCGGUUUAUAGCAUAAAAGCUUCAGGGAGGUUUGUGUUUACAUUGUCCCCAUCGGGGGUGUGAACCUAAUGAAAAGGCGCAAAGAACCGUAGGAAAAAGAAAACAGUUGCUGAAAUACAGGAGUAAAAUUAAGAUCCUUGUAGGUACUCGGUGAUUUUUGCACGCUCUAUAAAUAGUAAAAAGCUGGCUUAAUUGUGUCUUUUACAAAGAAGUACUUUGAUUAUACUCUUUUUGAUUGAUAUUACUAUAAUUAUUUUUUAUUUUUAAAUUUUCUGCCAUAUUUCUAACCUCGCUGUUUAAGAAAACUGAAAAUUUUCUCCUUCGAUUUCCAAGGUUCUCUUAGCUUAACACCAAUGUGUUGCAUGACACCCGAAGAUCAUUGAGUAACAUUACGUCAGAACACUUUCAUUUUCCAAGACACAACAGAAGGAAAAGGCAUUUUUUCCACGCAAAAAAAUUGUUAAGAAAUUCUAAUGGGAGUCAAAACAUAAAAUCCUGCCCCUAUAAGUCGAAAAUCAAAACCAUGAAAACAUACUCAGUGAUUAUUUUUUUCUCAAGAGGGCGUGAAUGAAGAAACUCAAGAGCUUAUUUGCUCUCGUUUCCACACUCCGACAACCUGUUCGCGCGCUUAAACUCGAGUUGUGAUUGGCAGAGUAGUGUUCAGGGUCAACUGAUUACGUCAUCGCAUCUUAAUGUUGUGUAUCAAGUGUCUUAGUCUUCACGAGCCGGUGAUGCCACGUUAAGCGCGAUAACACUGACGCUAAAUAACGCAGGCUCAGGUUCGGCGCCCCUCGCCCAAUCAACCAGUCAAACCUCUCAUACUGGUUGCCAAUUCGCGAACUCAGUUUCAGAGCAAAAAGCGCCGGAAGCUUUGUAGGUGGCAGCCAUACUUUUUUUGUAGAACGGGCUGAUAACUUCAGGUUGGUGUUGUAACUACGCAGUGUUUUUAAAACUACACUGAGAGGGAACUGUGUAAUAUAUUUGCGGAUCAAGUGGUUCAAGAUAUCGGUGGGAAAUGCCUUGGCCAGCGUGAGGUCAUUUGUCGUGGUCACUACAUUCUGGCAUCGGCAAAAGCGAACAGGAUCUUUAUAUCAAUUCGAUAACGGACUUAUUCAUCAAGGGGUUGUUUCGGGAACCCAAAGCUCAAGUCUCCAAAAGAGGAGCUUCAUUGUUUCCUUUGCACCCGGAAGUGAUUGAUAUCACGUUUAAAGGACCUUUUCUGGAGGCAUUACGGUGAUAUAUCUUGUUUGUGCAAGACGUCUCCCACCGAUAUCAAGUUAAGUCCACUGGAUAGCAUUAUCAUAUCAGUUAUCAAAGGUAUUUUAUGGUCAAGUAAGGUAAGCAUUUUGUUAUAUAAAGUGUGAAACGUUCGAGGGAUUUAUUCGAAAGACUCGAACGUGUGUUUGUGUACCUUCUGUUCGAGUCAGACUCUGUAAUGAAGCUUGAUCUGGCGAACUACGCAAAUUAGACACCUGACGCUCCCGUUUUAAUUUAUAGUAGCAAAUUUAUUUUACAUCUGCUCUUUUGGCCGUGUUGCUUUAAAUGGUGCUUGAAUGCAGAACUAAAAAAAAGAAGAAUCGCGUUACAAACACCCAAAAAACAAACAGCACGGUGGGAAAGUAAUUCAAUACCACCCUUUUGUGGAUGGUCACUCCUGAGAAACAAUCCAGCAACUUAGAAGUAAUUACACCACGCUGAAAGAGAGAAUUGCUAUCAUAAAGCAAUAGUUAUAGAAAAGAUUUUUACUUUUUCUAGUAACAUGAGUCUUUUUAGGUCACUUUGGUGCCAAGGUUACAACAAGAUAGAAUUCUCUUAUUCUUGGGUGACGGAAAGUUGACUAAGGGGCGUAAGGCGAUGAAACGAUUGUUAGCCUUUAUGAGCAACUUCAGGUAAUUUUAUUUGCAAGGGAAAAAAGCCCGCGAAAAAUUACAAAUCCAAAAACCCUUCGUUAGCUAAAGAUCUAAAAAUUACAAACCAGAACAGAAAAUGUCACAACAGGCGGCUGUUAUUGGCCGAAAGAUUUUUAAACACCUGUAGAGCGGACCAGUUGAAUGAGUGCUGUCCCCCUAAUCCAACACUACGUUAUCCUCAAAUAGUUAAGUCAUUAGACAAAGAUAAUUAACUAUUCAUUCACCAGUUGCCUAAUAUAUAAACAAUUUACUGGUGGAAUGAAGUCACGGUAGCCUGGCUAGAAACCAAACUCCCCAACUCCCUUCCUAUGUUGGCUUGACGGAAGGGUCAGUUUCAUUUUUGGAAAAAUAGUGUUUUCUGUUUAUUUUCCUAGGUCAUGAGGAUCGCUUCCUUGGCGGUACUAGUCGCCGUAGGCCUAGUACAUUUUCAGUUAUCGGUAAGUACUGAUUUAUAAACGAAUCACUGAGUUUAGUUUACUGGGCGUGUUGUCUUAGUCGAUCGAACGUUUGAUCAAUGGAACGAUUGAUCGAACGGUUGGUGGCUAAUCAAAGAACCGUAUCAUUUUGGAUGAGUAACUCCAGGGCUUUAAAACAUAUACCGACGACUUAAAUGUAUAUACGCAAACGGCACAACUGAGUACUUUUUGUACUACCAUAGUCUCUUACUUAGUAAAUUAAAAUUGCUGUGCACAGUCCAUUAUGGUUUAUCGUUUUUAUUUUUUACGAUGAUGUUUUGCUUAACACACAAAGACAUAUGACAUAUGUAGUUUCAGAUUAUUGGCAUCACAGAUUUUAUCAAAGAUCAACAAACUACAUCGAUCGAGGGAUGCGAAACUUCUUGAUAUCUCUGUUUCCAAAUGGUUCUUGAUUUAAUGUAUGGAAAUAUUUUAUCGUAAUGAAUAUUAGCUUCGGAACCAUUUUCUUCUCUAUUUCGCGCCAUAUUGAGUGUCAACCCACCUGUUUUAGCACCAAAUAUGGAGUGAGUGAAAUAAACUGUGAAGGAAGUUUCUUGUUAAUUUUUUACAAUCACACGUCGAUUACAUAUUCCUUUUUCCGUCCGUUUCGAUUUUUCGCUAUAAUUUUGCCAGAAAUUAACGUUUAAAUAUAAGAAAUGGCGAAGGAAAGAAGUUCUAAUAGUUAAAAUUUUAAAGCAACAAGUUACUGGACAAGAUCGGCAGAAUACAGAAAUCACUAAUCCAGAGGAACAAAGCCAAGGCCCAAUCAGGAACCCUAAAAUACCCAGCUACGAUUCCAUGCUUGCGGUGGUUGUCGUAACUUUUGCGGCGAUAUAUGUGGCCACAGACAAAUCGGUAAUACAAAUGCUUUUAGGUGAACUUAAGUGUAGUCAUCGAUCGAUUUUAAAACCGGGUGAAUUUCAUGGUGGCAUGUGAUAGUUAUCCUGGUGGUUUUGACUAUGGCGAUUUCAUUUGUGUUCACUGAUUUUACUUAUACAACGAUACGCUACCCGAGAGCUGUUUAUAAUUACCUUGCUUUCAGAUUAUAAGGCUUAAGCAUGGGUCAAAUCUGUUUCUGGAAUUUUAGAGUGUUUGCUAACCGAUCGAAGAUAAAGAAAACUUCGUCCCAGUUACAGGGAGUCUGGCACAGACAAGACAGAACAAAAUAAUAUAUGUACGAUAUGGACUGACAAAUUUUGAUAGCUAAAUCGAAUACGCAAUUUUAAUUUGUCUCUUGACUUAUUACCUCACAGUCUUAUUCAUAUGUUUUCUUGUCUUUGUUAGCUUAUAUAAGACGGUAAUGAAGCUUUUACAAUCAUAGAGCCAAAAAGAGUUACCAGGAAUUAGAAAAUAUCCUCACUAAUUGUUUUUCAUUGUUCUUUCCGUAAGGCGUCGCUGCCAAUGUCUUCAGUCCCUCCACUCCUAAACAAACUACUAAAGGAUCAGAAUGUAACACUGGGUUUCAUUCUCAAAGGCCUUCAAGGUCCUCCCGGUAUGAAUGGUAUGGCAGGAAUGUCUGGAUCUCCUGGACCACAAGGACCUCCAGGUUUCAAGGGAGAUCCUGGUCCGCCUGGUUUUCCAGGUACACCAGGUCUACCCGGUUCUCCGGGUUUCCAGGGUCCUCCUGGUAUGGAUGGUGCUCCUGGAUCCCCUGGUUUCCCCGGUCCUCCUGGUUUCCCGGGAGGUAGCGGAAUGCCUGGUAUGCCCGGUAUGCAAGGUCCCCCUGGUCCGCAAGGUCCCCCUGGCCCCACACCCAUCAGAUACGUAAGUACACCAUUUUAGUCUUAUAACACUAAACACUAUUCGAGCUUAAGGUUUUAAAGGAUACAGACGAAAGUACUUACAUACUUAAGGCCGAUCUCCCAAUCGAGCCUCCAUGACAAAAUCUUCCCACACAUUUCGAUACAGCAUUGCCGACCAAAUAUCGCUGAAGUUGUCAAGACUGGUGUUCCUUUUGGUGUUGUGGAUAUAGUCAACUAGCUUUCUUCCUAACUCUUCCUACAGUUGGUUGCCAUAACAUAACUUUCGAGGCGACAACGACAGUACGUAUCUGUCAAAAUCAAUGAAUGACACCAGAGUGAUCAGUGAUAGCAGUCACGUGUUACCCUUCAAAAGGUUUCUUACUUAAUUUCUUUGCUAGUGUUCAAGCAAGUUUAAGAAGUUUCAAACUUGAGCAGUGCCGGUGACGGAUAUUCCAGUUUCUGAUAAUUCUUGAAUAAACUUAUGUCUUUGUUUUCACAGAACGGCACAGUGAAAUGUGAAGAGGACACAGCUUGGCUCAGAUGCAACGAAUACAAACACAUUAGCAUAAUCUCUGCUUUCUGGGGAAGACGAAACUUCGGCUUGUGCACAGAGCACACAGGAAAUCUUAAGUUUAAUCAGUACUGCCCGACAACACCAUUGUUUCUCACAAAAGUAAAAGACGCCUGCGAGGGAACGACCAUGUGCGAGAUUAGAUGCACGAAGUUCUUUUUCAACGACCAAUCAUGCGCUGACGUAUACAAAUACUUGGAAGUCUACUAUAAAUGCAUCGAAGUUAUUAACGGGCACGAAGUUGUCAACGAGGAUAACCUACUCAACGCUAACUACCUGGGCUGAGCCAAUAAAUGAAAGAACAAAACGAACUUUCUAUCGGACGUUGCAUUUUCUUGGCUCUUUAAUGGAUGUAACAUUUUACUUUGCUGGAAAGAGUUCUAUUUGUAAAAACGGGCUUGCCUGAUAUGGAGAAUAUGAGCGAAUAAAUCGUAUCAUAACCAAGGCGAAAGCCUGCAAAUUUCUAAUUCUUCCGCGAAAGAAGACGACAUACAUGGCACUUGUUCCAUGUAUUAUAUCGAUUUAAGGUAGUUUUCUUUCUGUACAUGACAUGAUUAAAUCAUCUUCGUAGAAUCGAACGAUAUUUGCUCGGCUCGACACGUUGUUAUAAAAUUUAACAAGAGAAUGAUUGUAUUUAGAGAGCUAGGGUGUGUUUUUUUUGUUUGUAGACAGUUUUUGUUCUAAAACGUUACUAAUUAGUGCUACUUAAAUAAGAGAUUAACCGACCAACACAAACUAACCAAACGAACUGGUACAAGCCACGAUACAAAACGGAAAAUCACUACCUGUUUCAAUCGUUUGUGUAUGAUAUUAUAGGGCGAUUUAUGAUGUUAUCUUCAGUCAUAUGUAAAUAAACUGAUAAUGGAAUGGUUUACUGGUGUACACGCUAGUAUUAUAGUUCUAGAAGAGUUAAUCGGUGGUGAUAUGCUGUUAUUUGGUGACGAGAUGUGAAUGAAGUCUACUUCAUCAGUUUGAAGUUUAAAUUUUGUCAAUAAACGACAUUGCCGUUAACCACUCAUGUACUUUUUUUCAACAAGUUGAGUUGUGUUUUAGCAAUCAACCGUGGCACGAUAAUAAAGUCUUUUUAGGGACCGACUGACUACAAGACUUUGUGUCUUUGUUGUCUUUGCUUUAAAAUAAAAUGGAACUUUUGCAGCCACACCUGACCAUAUCUUAAGCAGGAACAAAGCUACUAUUUUCAAUCACUUCUUUGGAACCUACUUGUUGCCAUUUCAGGUAGUUAACGCUUUCUUCUUCAACGCUGUUCCAAUGGCGACGGUGUUUAAAAGAAAACUGAUAACAUUAAUGGUCAGACUCUGUUCACACCUGCACAUUUCCGAAAGCCUUUCGGGUUAACAAAAAACGAAUCAAACUUCCCACGUCCACAUUUGCGUUUAAGCAUCGUUGACGAAUGCCCACACUGCGGCAUCAAAAACGUAUAACUUACGAUACGCUUAAUUCGUUUUUUUUUUCGGGCGUGCGCACUACUCACUGUGCAUGCUCCACGGCAAGGUAGCAAAACAGCGCCACACUAUAAAUACUUAACCUAAAAACUUGAAUUUUACCCAAAGAAUAAAACCACUUUAAAGGAGCAGUAUCCGGUUACCGUGCAUGUAACUUUGAUUUUCUGACAGGAUGUCGCGAAUUCAAAAGAUGCGAGGAGAGCAAGAGAACCUUGAAAAAUCCGUUUGCAUCGCGCUUGGCCGAGUUCGAUACUAAAACUUCUCAGAAUUACAGAUCAAUGAUAUAUUGUUCCCUUUAAGUUUUGAUUUGGGCAAAACAGUUUUGUUUUUGGCGUUAGUUUCAUUGCUGUUGGGAGGACCAAAGAGAGAAGGGGAGCGUUCUAAUGCCAGUUGAAGGCUUAUUUCUCCCGCCAGCUUCCAUACAAGCUCAGUUAGUCGUGAAAGGAAUAAGCAGAAAUGGCACAGCAACAAUAGACUAUGUUAGAAACAAACCAUUGAGACACGAAUGUGACUGAGGAUAUCUUGUGGAAGCUUCAUGAAAUAUGAUGUGUUGCAACGACAUGUUAGUAAACUUAUAAUAAAACCUCCUCACGGCGGACAAAAUCAAACAACAGGCACUAAAUGUUUAGGGAAACGGGUGCAAUGAAAUCAUAAUAUAAUCUUUGACUAACCUUUGCGAUGCUUCUUCGCGUUAAGAUUGCUUUUUUAUUUAUAUCUUUCCAACUUUUGAAGCGAGAACGCGAGCAAAUAUUACUGGGCUUAGACUUGCCACAAAUUGACCUCUGACACGAGUUUCACAGCAGAAAAGCGAGCGAAACGAGCUUUUUAGGUCGCAAGGAGGCCGAGCUAGAGACAAAAUCGAGAGAAGUCUUCAAGCCGCGGUCCAAAUUUUUAAAGAAGACGAAAGAUUUCUUCGAAAGUCUAAAAUGUACUUGAGAAUGUAAACAACAAAUCUCCGUCGGCGGUGCGGUCCAGAAGGAAAUCUUGUCGUGUCAAUAUGACAUUUCUAUUGUCUUUUUAAUAAUAAUAAUAAUGAAAACAAUUAUAAUAAUAAUAACAAUAAUUAGAAGAAGAACAUUUUUAUAGCGCCUAUCCAGUACUGAUCUAGGCGCUUAACGAAGAGAAAAAAUUAGAAUUAAAAUAAAUUUAAAUUUUAAUAAAACACAUAUAAAAUGAAAUAAAUCUUCCUAACGACCAAAGUUCGGGGGCUGAGACAGCGAAUGCUCUAAAUCCAUAGGUCUUAAGGUUAAAGCUAACAGGAUUCAGACUGAGCGUAGAAGAUGACCGAAGCGAUCUAGAAGGUAAGUCGCGGGUGAUUAGGUCUUGAAUGCAGGGCCUUGAAGGUAAGUAGUAGAAUCUUGAAUUUAAUUCGUUCAGAAACAAGUAGCUAGUGAAGAUCUAAGAGGACGGGAGUGAUGUGAUCACACUUCCUAGAGCGUGUAAUCAGUCUGGCAGCUGCACUUGUGCACCGAUUGAAGCUUUUUGAUGACGUUUUUAGGGAAAUUAUGUAGUAGAGAAUUGAAAGUUUGGAGGUUACAAAGGCGAGAAUAAGAAUCUUAGUAGUUUGCGUUGAUAAGUAUUUUCUUUAUGCGAGAAAUGGUGCGAAAAUGAUAAAAGGCAGAUUUACAAACAUUGUUGACAUGGGGAAGCAUUGACAUACUGUUAUCGAAGAUAGCGCCAAUAUUUCUUGCAUGUGAAGAGGGCUUUAUUCUGUCAGUUCCAAAGCGGUGGUAGAGAUUAUUGUGGAUUAUACUUUGAGAAUAAGUAGAGAAGCGCGGUCUUGUCUUUGCCUUUAGUUUUAGUCUGUAGAAGGAUACCACUUAUCAAUGUCGGACAGGCAUUCCUCAAUCUUAAUGAUACUGUUGGUUAAUUCCAUAUCGUUGUUUGUAGUGAAAGAAAUAUAUAAUUGAGUGUCAUCGGCGUAAAAGUGAAAUCGCAUUUCACGGAAUUGAAGAAUGGUGCUGUGUAGAGUACAUACAGAAUCGGGCCAAGGACAGAACCUUGAGGUACACCGCACUUGAGCUCGUGAGACUGUGAUAUCUACAUCCUUCAAUUAACGCAAAUUGCGAGCGAUUAGUAAGGUAGGAGCGAAAGCAUUCAAGAGCUAUGCCAGAGAUAGAGUAUUUAGUACAAUCUUGUAAGGAGGAUAUCGUGAUUCAAAGUGCAGCAGACCAGUCUAACAGUAGAAGUAUGACACAGUGACGUUUAUCAAUAACACCCAAAAUGUCAUUAUGAACUCGCACAAGGGCGGUUUCACCACUGUGAAAAGGCUUAUGGGCAGAUUGUAGCGGCUCAUUUAGCUGGUUAGCUUCUAAAUAUUUUUGAAGACGUACUGCGACGACCUUUUCAAUAACUUCUGAGAUCACCUUUAGGUUUGAAACAGGUCUGAAGUUUGCAAGAACUUCAUGAUCUAAGCAGGCCUUCUUAAGUAGUAAAGAUAGAAGAGCAGUUUUAAAUGAAGACGGAUAAUGACCGGAUCCAAUUUGUUAAGAAAAAAAAAACGAUGACGCUAGCGCGUGCGCAUAAUCGGGACGCUAUCCCUUUAACAAGUAGGUAUACACACAGCGAAAAUUUACUGUAAAGCAGAUAUCAAUCCCCUAGAGAUUUCGUUCGGGGGAGGUGGGAUUAGAUGGGCCUGCGGGUAAUUAUGGAAGGGAUUUUCUCUCACAGACUAUUGCAAAGUUCCUGAUUAAUUGUUUUACUGGCCGGGGUGAGAAGAAAUUAAAUGAGACAGAGGACAUUUAGGCGCACACCGUUUUUUUUUAUUUUUUUAUCUUUCUGUCGCUUUACAAGAAUCCAUGUGCACAACGAGCGACUUUUUCAGGUGCCUUGAGGUCAGCAAAGACCUAUUAAACACCGGAAAAGACGAUAUGGCUAUUUCAAAGGUCUGCAAAUUUCUUCCGCGCGCUAAGUCCCGCGGUAAGUUGAAACAUUACACGUUCCUUAUUACCAUGUGCACACAAACGCUUUCAUUUAAAAUCCCGUGUAAUAAAAAUCUUAAUUUCAAAUAGACGGAAGUUUAAAUACUAGCUAAAAUGUCUUUGGAGAAGGUUUGUAAAACAAGUCGUACUAAUUGCUUUCUAUAUUAUCUGUUGUUGUCCUCAUGCGAAUCUUGUAUCCCAUCUACCCUUUUCAUUCUUGUUUAUCAGCUUGAUGGUGAGCAAAAUCUUACGUAACAGACAGCUAACAAUUCCCUGAAACAUUUACUCGAAGGGAGGUAACUAAAGGUCAAAUGCAUAGUCUGUUUUUUUUUGCUUGGUGUUUAAUGGUUAAAUUAAUGUUUGAUAUUGCUCUGAAAUCACUUCACAUAAUCAUAGAAGAGAUAAGAUUAAGGGUCGUAAAAUGGAGGCAAACGAUUUACAGAAUCACGUGGUUUUCCUUAAUAAAGAACUCAAAGCAAACUAGACUUCAACAUAAGUACUUCGUUUAUUAACAAACGUUCGUCUUCAAGAUGAUCAAACAAUAUUAAUGAGUCUGACAAGCAUCAUUUGUUACACUUUACUUUUCUUAUGACCAUGGGAAAUCACAAAACGGGAAAUAAUAUCACCACUUCCGCUUCCGCUCCCACUUCCACUUCCACUUCCGCUACCUAUGAGCGAACGGGGUGUCAUCCGUGAUCCGCGUCCAUUCACAAAAAAUCCCAAGGGUAAUUUCUGGUUGCGGUAGAAGCUCACUAUGCUCUGACGUUCAUUCUUAAGGUGACGGGGCUUUCGUGGAACUAUAGAACAUUGCUGGUAGGAGAACAACAAGUCAAAUUAAGAAGAUUUUUCUUUACUGACAGUAGCUAUACCAGGCAUGGCUGAUCAAAACUACAAUUGCAUUCAUAAUAGCACGCAGAGACAGUCUCAAUAGAACCCUUCCUACGAUACCCGCCAGAAUGCACGGGCUUAAGGAUACGAGGGCACAAAAAGGCAAACAGGAUCACUGUAUGUCGGAGCCAAGUCUCAUAAAAACACGUCCGCCCCCAUGCACGUCCCACGGCCUGUUGAUGGGCUAAAAGCAAUGUCACGUGGUUUUUCAGGGGGUAAAGAGGAAACAAAAUCAAGUCUGUCGAUACAAGAAAUUACGGUACAAUUUUUAUUAGGCUGCCCCCGAGGGCAAUGCCUCUUGCUUCUGUCUGUGUGAAAAAAAGACAAAAUGGAGGACUGAACUCCUAGAAGGCUUUGCGCGUCCCAUUCUCCCUUCAAUGGGGUCGAUUAUCGCGGGGAUGGGACGGGUCAUGGUCGUCAUGUAAAGUUCCAGUUAAAAAUAAUGCUAAUCUUUUCUUGUUUCAAAAGGCAAACUUGCUUACUAGCUAUCCGGUAUAGUAAGCACAACUAUCCGAUAUGUCUCUCUCCUCUUUAGAGAUCGACGCGUCGCAGUUUUGCUCCGUUACGGAAGUCACGCCGAAAUCAACUGUUCUUAUGUAGGAACAGAAGCCCUAGCCGGUACAAUUUUCGUGUGGAGCAAAAGCUACCUGGAAAAAUGUGACUCUAGCCUGAGUCAGCUGUUGAAACAGAAAUAAUCAUGAAUUUUAAAUAAUACGAAUUCAAAACUAAAUCAAGAUUCAGUACCGAUGAAUGAUUCCACUAUGGGGUUCUGAUAACCAAUGCCAUUGCAAUUGUGAUCAACUGACCAGAAGAAGUAAUUAAAUAAUUAAACAAUAAAUCGACCUAAUACACGUUUUUGAUUAGCGCUAUUUCAAUUCGUUUAGUUGCGAAAAAACAAAUUCAAAUAAUUCCGCAUGGAAUUUAAACUUGUCCUUUUGCCUUGAGUAAAUUUGCUUUCUACGCCCUGAAAACUAUCGUGUAACAACGAAAUGAAUUUUCACGUGAUCAACCCAACCGCGGGGAGAGAAGCCAUGAUUAUAACGCCACGUAGCUGAAAUUAAAACAGUGAUUGUAAAAGGUCAAAAUGGUAAGCCAGACGGAAUACUACAGGCACUGAGUAGCACUUACUGUAACUGCAUAUAAAGCGACCGCGAUAAAAACCAGCUUUAUCAUCAUCUAGGGAAGGACCUUCAAGCAGCCUACUAUUCAAGGCACCAGUGUGAUACGCUUACUAAUUCAAUAGGAACUGUUAGAAUAAGUCAAAAGUCUCCUUCUUAUAAUCACAACGUAUGAUUAUCUCAUUUAGAAACAACGCAUGCCCAUACAUGUUCACUGAACAGGUCAAACAGACAUGGAGAUGCAGAAGACUAAGAACACCAAAUCUUUCGACAUACAAGCAAAAGAUUGGAAACACAAUGAACAUUAAUUAUCACACGACAAAAUAACAGCCAAAAAAAAAAGGAAACUUUCUAAAACACUAAUUAAUACCCGAUUAACCACCAGUAUUUCCAAGCGUUAGGUAAGAACGCCCCCUACCAAACGCUAACAUCAUUUUCUACAGAGCUUCUUUUCUCUUCCUAUCUUGCAGGAAGAGAAGAAGCACAUCAUAAUAGUUUACGCUGCCGAAAGAACAGUUAGUUUAUUCAGGUCACCGUAAAUUGGAGGAAUGGAGGUCGGUUUUUUUUGUCGACCGUUAACUGAUAAAAACAGUUCGCAUGGGGUGCCGGAUUUUCAGUGAUCAGCUAUAAUUCAGGUCAUUUCACAGUAAUCAGCAAAUAUUUAAGCACCUUCAGACUCGUCUUAACUUUCACGUUUUUUUUUUAACGGUAUUAAUUAAAAUCUCACUAGAGGUGCCCACCCCUUUGAACAUGUAGUGUCGAGGAACAUGCGCAGAUUGCCGAAAAACGUUUGCGUGAUUCAGUCUCUUCGUGACAAAGGAAAAUGUUGCUUAUCACCUCCCGAAGAGCAUGCAACUGUUAAAGGAGACUUCUGAGAAGCUCAUCACCUCCUGACGAUCAUGCGACUGUUUAAGAAGACUUCUGAAAAAAGCUCCAAGCCGCGAACACACUCUUAGGCUUCAACCACACAGUAAGGGUGCUCUCUUAGGCACCCUGAUUCAUGUACUCAGAGACGGUAGUCCCUAGAUUUAUAAUAUGAUACACAUACACUGUUUUUAUAUUUUAUCUCCAACAUUCAUGUGGCAAAACUCCUUAGCUCCUUACUCUACUGAUGAUUAAUACAUGAAAGUUGUGAAUUUACCAGUCUAUUGUCGCCCAGCGGUCUGCCGGAUUGUGGGGGGGUGGGGGGGGGGGCAGAAUUUGUCGUCAGAUAAUGUAUCUUACGCUAACCAAGAAAUAGAAGAGCCAUUUCGCAGUGGACAGUUAUAUGUUUAGACAAUUCUUAGCUAACCCCACGCAGACUCUCUAUUAAGAGAGGGGCGUUUUCUCUUAUCGCAGCGUUUUCUGUUAUCGCAGGUGGUGAUGGUUCACGCACACAUUCGCGUAAACAGCGUUUUAGCUUUACUAACCCAAAGAAACAUUAGUACUACAACAUCCUAGGCACGUUUCAUCUAGGUAAUAACUUAUUAGCAAGUUUUCGCCUUUUUAGUGUUCAACCAGACGGUACCCCUUUUGUGUUUUGGCUAGCUGAAUUACAUAGACCCGCCCGGUCAGUUUGUUAAUGGUUGAACGAGAGACCCUGCUGUUUCUGUUACGUCGAACGUCGAGAGAUGAUACAAAUAAACCCACAGUUUAGUUUACGCUGACUUGCUUGAGCGAGUCUAACCAAACAUAUGCACUCUAGUGUUUCUUUGGUUCAGUGAAUUUUUCCCAACCAUGACAUCAACAAUACUGGCCAGGUUUUUCAAGCGUGUUGAGGUUUAAAUAACACUUUGUGGUUCAAGACAGCUACAGUACAUACAAAACACAAGGCCUGUCUUGCGUGGAAACAGUGAGAAUUAUUUUCUCUUUGUAGCUGAGUGAUACAGAAGCUUAUUUGUCCGCCGAUGAGUGAUAUAAAGGUGAGAUUCGUAAAUGGACAAUUUUCAUACACAGAUUCAGCUAAGGUUAGAAUAUUUUCGCUAGGAAGGCUAACGUUCUCAUCAAGUCUCUUAAAAAGGAUUACCGUCGCUGUUAGAAUUAAAUAACGUUUAUUUGGGAGCAAGAGUAUUUUGAAUUGCAGGAAAGACCAGUGAGCUUUCUGACAAUAUUUCAAUUUUUUCUUUAUUACCAAACAGAUUCACUUCGGUAACUUCCAAAAAAAUUUGUUUCAAAUGUAAGGGUUAGAACUGCACUUUUGUUAAAAUUAGAGAAUCAAUACUAUCUGCGUUUAGUUUGAAAACCUUCUUCGUCGGUUAAAUAAAUAAGCGUCUGGAGGUAAAUUGAACGAAAUAUUUACCACCUAUUUGAUUUUCAAGUGAUGUGAUCUGAUUGCAGCUAUUUUAAUAACAGGGUAAUCAUGUUUUCUUAGUUAGUCACCUCAGCCUUUGAUUUUGACAUUCAAAGGUAGAAAAAGUCUUCAAACAUAAGUGAAAGCAAGACUUAAAAAGCAAACUUCUUGGCGUUUAUCUGACAUAACUUCCCUGUUUUUGACAAACUUCCAACUAUAACUUGUUUUGUUUAUUGACAGUGACUGAAUCAUUGAAAAAUCACCCAGCGUAAAAGUCGAACUGGUGCCAGAUGCGCACGCUCAGUGGCUUCAUUUUUGGCGGGUAGGUAAAUGUUACGCGCUUGACGCAUGACGUAAUAACGUGUAGUCUCAUUACCUAACAUCUGGGACGAGAACGGUGACCAAAUUGGACAGGCUUAACAGAGUCCAUUUUGGAAAACUUUUAUUUCUUUUCCUCGGAUUUCUUGGCCGUGGAUUUUGACCAGAGGUAAGAGAUUUUCAAAAUCACAUUUGGGUUCGUUGAACUGCAUAAAUUAUCUCAUUUCAUUUUCUGACACUGGGGGUUUGAGGGAGAAGAUGAAACAACCCUGGGGUUCAUUGAAGCGAAACGGUAUUCGUUUCGUUGAGAUAACGUGAAUUCCACCAUUGAAAAAAAUCAGAUACUUUUUGCUAUUUCACUAGAAUUUAUUUCUCUAAGAUUUUAAGGCCAUAUUUUCCUCUUUAUAAGAUAAAGUCGAUAGUGCUGAAAAAAUGAUUCAAAAAAAUUCCACUGCCAGGUCGACCUUACAAACAGCGUUCGAUUUUUCAUGUAAACUUUCCCAAUGUUUUGACCUUUCGAUAAGAGCCUAUCUUUUAACUUCGUACAGCGUUGGAUGGCUUAAUCGUUAAUUCAGAUUUUAGCACGCUGGCGUUUUUUAUUUUCCCUCCAUAUUAUUGUUGUUUAAAGAAAGAUAAACUUGCCCAGGAAACAUAAGUAGACAAUAUCAAACUAUAGUGAUGACUAAGAUUAAUAUUAUAACAUUACACAUUUGUUUUCGUUAAAUAGUAGUAAAAACAGCCAGUAUCAAACAGCUAAAAAAUACUUUCCUUAUGUUUUGCGACGGACUAGAUAAACGUUAUUACUUUUUUUUCUUGCGCACAAAUCAGUUAACUGAACCGUAAGAGUUAUGACCGGAGAAUCAAUUUUGUGAUCAUGACACCGGUUAACAUCAGGCUGUGGAAAUCAUGGGGCGUAGACCAAUCUUGGAAAUUACACAUACGCAGGAGGUUGAAGUAAACACGAGUUUUUCGCUCCGCUCCUCCCAGUUUUUUUGGCUUAGUAUUGGUGGCAAUCGCUUCUCCUCUCGAAGGCGUGAAAGGCUUAGCAUGGUUAUUUUUAGUCUCGUCGGAGUGGAACCUGUUAAGACAAUUUUUUUUGCACCGACCCGUAGACCUUUGCGCUUUAAAAGGUGGAACUAGUGACGUGCUGAGCGAUAGUCCUCUGAACUGUACAAUAAUUCACGAGAGAUGUUCUAUCACAGAUAAUUGAUUGUUAAUUAAUAGAGAGGAAACUGGAGACGCUUGUAUUGGAAUCAGGAAUCCUGUACACUGCUGAAACCUAUGCAUUGGUGCAGCUAAGCGAAUCAACUCCAAUUGGUCCUGUUAUUAUUUAUUUUUAUCUGAAAACGUUCUUGCAGUUACGGGAGCCUACCAGACAAAAAUUGUCUGUCAUUUCAUUGAUGGUGUCUACGCUUUUGAUGAUAUCUAAGAAGCCAAUUCUCUGUUUUUAUGCUACUGCUGCAAGUCAUUGUGCUUAAAAAUUUUAAUGACAAAGUUAAAUUGCAUAUCCCCUCACUUUCUACGAACUGCCAAUUACAAUGUCCCCAAUAUCUUAGUGGUUAAGUUCGUCAAGCUCCUUGUUUAAGAUCAGAUAAGAGUGGACUGUUGUAACCCGUUGUUCUUGUUUUCAAACUACCUGCUAUUUCGUUUCACCACGGUUCAUUAUAUCUCAAAGAGGAUUAAUUGACUAGAAAAGUGGUUAGUCUACGUUUUCGACAAUCCAACAUAUAGAGAUUUAGGUCAGUUUUUCUGAUUGAAUUUCAAUCUCUUUUGCAGUAGAAGCAGGGCCUUUCUGCAAAAACGCUUAGAGGGCCAAAAGUUUAUCAAUUCUUGAAACUUUACCUUCAUCUAAAUAAAGAUAGUUUAGCAUUUCAAGGGCAUUGACCACACUUUGACUGCAAAAGGUUCAAACAAAUUAACUGGCUAGAAACUGAUUCAAUUCUUAUUGGGGUGUAUCCAGAAUUACGUGCAGCUCGAAAAACUAUCAUUUUCAUAACUAUGUAACUACACUCCUGUAUCGGAGCGCUUCUUUUGUAAUAAUGAAGGCAUUUCUUUCGGGAAAGUGCUAAGACGGUGAUGAAUUAGGAAAUAAUCUCCUUUUCAGAUUCAGUUGAGUGUCCAGAACAAUUUUCUUUCGCCAUUGUCUUGUAAUUCUACAAAUCGUGAUUGGCUGAGAAAUCAAGGUAAACACAAAUUCAAUCGUUACUUCGUUCCUUAACGUUGCUAAAACGUGUUCUUUUCGCCCUUGGUAUCAAAUACCUGCAUCUGUGGUUGGAGAUUUGAUUGGUUCUUUCGAUCGUCUGCAAGCAUUGUAUGUGGUUUUCAUCAACUGGUCCAUUCAAUUCAAGGUUGUUUAAUAUUUACCUCGGGUAUCCGAUCGGUUAACCGUUCAGGCAAAUUGUAAAGAAAAUUCAGAACUCGUUGUUUACCGUUAAUUUACACAGUUUCCAUUUACCGAAAAAUGGCCGUAAAAACCUGGUAUGAAAGUUAGUUUUGAAGAAACGGGAGAAAUUCUGUUUGAAUUGGAACACUGAUUCCCACUUGGAAAAGAGGGCAACCUUUGUAAACAGUAAUAGUAAACCUUUAUUGCGCCUUACUCUUAUCUGUCUUUUAACAGUAAGUGUCGUUUACAAUGAAAUAAUAACAACGGCUGUGAUGAAAUGAAUGAAUGAAUGAAUGAAAAUCUUUAUCAAUGUGUCAAUCUUCUAGCUGGCUACACGUAGUCUACUAAUCGGGGACACCUAACACGAAAAAUAAAAUAAUCAAAAAAAUUUCUAUCAAAUUACAGUAAUUUGCUGGAACGAGCCAAAAAACCCCUAGCCGGGGGAGGUACUCAAUAUACUUCAUACGAGGCAGCUUCACCUCGAGGUCCAAACCCUUUGUAUACCAUACCAUAUACCUGUAUAGGCCAUUACAGCAAGUUCUCCGAGCCAAGAAGCCGUUUUCUAUUUACUUUCACCGAUUGUCAGCAGCGUUGCAUGUAUUCUCUCUGAGGGAUCGGCUUCUGUGAAUUUUUGUUAAGCUGAAACGAUUCGAUAACUGAGUCGUGUUCCAUCUACAUUUCAACCGUAAUUCCCCGAGACUGUUUGUAAGCCUCAAAAAACGGCAAUGAUUAUCGAACAUUAUUGCCAGAAAUAGUGACAUUAGUUGUUUAGAGAUAUCCAACUGUAUUGCUUUGCGGCUGAUAUUGUAGAAUGUGCAUGAGAAACCAAAAAAUGAUUGACUGCCCAAUGAUUUGGCGUUUGGUAUUCUUAAACAAAAAACUGGGAAAUGAAGGCUUCAUUGAAGAAGCCAACUUCGGCUGUUGAAGUAACAGUGAUAAUAAUCGUGUCUUCUAUCUGUCUACAUUUAAUAAGGCUUUGCAAAAUGGUUUUGAGGACCGUAACUGUCCAAAGAAGAAGCCAUAUUUUAAUCUUUGCGUUCACAUUUUGUUCGCACGAGAAAAAUCAUACGUGCUUUGUUGAUGCUGUAUCUUAUUAGCACCAUUUGCUUCUAAUUGAAGAGAAAUGUAGCUCUUCUGAAAGUGCUCUUCGGGCGUCAUAUUAAGUAAAUACUUUUAAGUAAAUUGAGAGAGAACAAUCAGCCCCUGAUCUCGGUUUAUUCCUUUUUUUAAGCGGGUCACAAAACACUACGUUAGAGGAAGGGGAGGUCAAAAGUAUCAGGCCUUAAAAACCGUUGUGAGCAAAUUGAAUCGGGGUUCUUCCAGCAUAAAUCGAUCUACACUUAGGAAAGAGAAUCGCCACUUAUGUUUUUAAUUUAAGUGCUGAUAAGAUUAAUAUCCCCGAAAAAACUUAUGAAUUUCAAAGGCUGUGGUAAGAAUUUGUAAUGCCAGCCUAAUAGACAUUGUAGUCUAAAGUUGUCUCUCUCAUGUCAAUUCUCUCUGCCUCAAGUCGAGAUAUCGACUACCUAUAAAUGGAUUCGAUUCAAAAUGAACCACCAAUUAAAUAUAAGCUAACGUUCUGUUACUUUGAGAAGUGUUUAAUCUUAGUUUGAGAUCUUUAACUGUGCACAGGUGAAAGGUAAAGGGGAGGAGUAGAUUUAAUGGGUGACUUGUUUAUAACCGAUGCGGGAAAAAACUCUAAAUCGAUCCAAUUCUAUACGUGUAGGGACAACCUACAACCAACUUUGUCUAGCUUAGAAAAUUUUCUUGUUUAAACUAGGAAAUCAAAAUCCUGGUACCUGAGAAUGAAAAAAAUCAGAGGUUACCGAAAAGCUCUGAUGAGGCGCGCUGAUUGAGCUGAUUACUGAUGAUAUCACUACUUCCCAGGAUAGCUGUACUGGUACCAGUCACGCGCCAUUGGAGAAAAGUGAUUUAACUGGGAGCGACUGACCAAAUUCUCCCUGUGUGUUUUCUUGUUUUCUUUAGGCAAUGAAGGCUGAUACAAGCCUGCUGAGGCUGGCUGUUGGCCUGGCCUUAUUUAUAUUAGCGGUAAGUUGCAUUUUGUUCUGUUUGUGAACACUAUACAAUGGGUUUAUUUCCUGGUAUUUCGCCUUCACUCAGUCCACUUAAACACUUUGUAAACAUCAAGGGCCCUUUCGAUUUAACGUAUUUUGUAAUAUGUACCGUUGGGAUCGUCCAAUAGUCCUGUGGCAACAAUGUUAUAACAAUACAGCAAAAAUUUUUAGUUAUGACUUUCAAAUCUCGAAAGUACCGAAUUUAGCGACAAUUCAAUAUGAUGAUUGAAUGAAACCAGAUUAAUCCAGUCAUAUACAGCCGUACUGGGUCGAAAUUGUUGUUAACUUAACGAAAAUAAUUAUCGGACCAUUACAAUGCCUAUAUUCAUAUUGCCAAAUUCACAAAAAGUGCCCUAAUUCUACUCAUGACUUUUCUUUUUGGUGUGCUAAUUAUCAACUCUACCUUGAUUGACUUAAAACUGAUCCACGGACUUUGGUCUGGCCACCGGAUUUUGAUUAUCAAACUUGGCCCUGAUACCAGUGAUACCCAGAAUGCCCAAAUAUGAUUACCAAGACAUUAGAAAAUCUUGAAACUGUCGAGUAAGAAGAUAACUGGAAGCCUAGAUUUGCCUAGAGUAUCUCUGCAACUAAGAAAUUGGAUAUUAACAAAAAAUAAAUAUAUAUAACUUAAGCUAAAUGAAAGUAACAAUAAGACAAAAUUUCCUCUUUUCCCAGCACUGUUCAGUUGUACCGAGAAAGCCACGUCUAAUAAAGAGAAACUCUGAAGAAGAAAAUAUUCUGAGUUAUUACUGGAACCAGAAAUUACCAGUGGGAUUUUUCGUCAAUGGGCAAGGUGGCUUAAUGGGACCUCCGGGUCCACCCGGACCACCAGGACCUCCUGCUUACUACGGAGGCGGAGGUAGUGGAAGUGGAAGCGGCGACGCUUAUACCCGUGGGGGCAUUCCAGGACCACCGGGUCCUCCGGGGCCACCUGGUCCACCAGGUCUCGGGGGGGCUGCAGCAUCAGUAAGUAAUUGAGGCUGUGACGUAGUAGAUUUGAAUCUCAGUGAUCCGUGUUUACACAGUUGGGAUCGGCCUUUAAAGGGUCUUCUAUUCAAUGAUAAUAAGAGUCCUUAAGAAAAACGUAACAGUGGUAAGUAACACCCAGUGGAUUUUCAGUGUAGCUUGAAUGCUAUGAACACUAGAUGGAAAACAUAAAAAGUCUCGAAGCGAAAAAGUUCAUUUCACGUUCCGUUGACGUCAAUGAAAAAGAAAUUAAAAACUGAAACUUAUAGAAAUAUUUGCUUCAAGACAUUUCAGGCAAAUCGCUUGGCUUUCAUGAGUCGAAAGUGAAAGCAAGGUUACAUAGUAGCCAGGUGAUUUGGCUGAUAUAUCUCGAAGCAAAUAUUUUUAUACGUUCCAGUCUAUAAUUUCUUUCUCAUAAAAAGUCUUGACCACAUCAGCGUUGCUGAAAUCUUAUCCUGUAUAAAUAAGUGCUUUAUUUACUUCUAACACUUCCAGAGAAUUGUGGUCAUUUUAGGCACAUGCGACAAAAACAUAAUCGACGACAGCCGACUUUGCACGUUUGGUACAUUGAAACAACAGAUUUUCACAGUACAUAUAAUAAGUGCCGGUUUUUCGCUGUAUUUUGCCUUUUAACUCUGCUUUCCAAAAUAAGCGCAAAAAACGACGUAUUUUUGUUUAUUCCAGGGGGCUCAGGAAACCAUCACGUGUGAAGGAGAGAAGGAAUGGAUCGAAUGUCCACAAUAUAGAGUUAUCAAAAUUAAUUCUGCCUUCUGGGGCCGUGAUGACGCCGCCACCUGUAACACAAAUGGCGUCCAACACGGACUCAGCACCGCAGAAAUGUGCCCUCAAGACGAGUCCAACACAAUGACCAAAGUGGAAGGACAGUGUAAAGACGAACAAGCUUGUGAACUAGCUGCAACUUCGACCUUCUUUGACAAGACUGACUGUGGGCAGGUCUACAAGUAUCUACGAGUGAACUACGAGUGCCUACCUAGUGAAUCACGAGUCAAAGCAGCCAUUCAAAGAUCAAAAAUCAGCGGCUAAUCUUAUUAGCUAUUAACUGGAUCGAUCAGCAUGACGAGAAAACAAUAUAAACGUUUUUCACCGGCUAAUACUGUUCAGCACUCUCAAUGCCAGUUACAGAAUGUAUAAUGUGUUACAAAUUUCUGAAGCAGGGCUUGGAAAAUUUCGAAGCAGGAAAAAGAAGUCAUGUUAGUCGGUGAAAUACAAUUUGGGGAGGAACAAACUCUGCAUUUGACCAUUCUGUUCACAAUUCCAAGGAAAACAACAAUUAGAGCAUUUUAUUAAUCUAGGAAGAUUCAUUUCAUGGUCUUUCAUGCUCCACUUUGUUAUUUACUUCGAAGGUGUAUAUAGUAAUAUUUCUAAAGUGUUUCCCUUAUUUUGAGAAAAAGCUGUUGUAAAAACCACCGGUAAUUACAAGGAUUACUGAGUGCACGCUAUUUUUUAGUAAUCUCUUGACUCAAAAAGUUAACUUUCAUGUCAAACUAUUUAAGGGGUCUUACAGAUGCUAAUGUAAAUGAGGUACGGUAUGCCCGAGUUAGUAGCAUUUGUCAAUGUAGGUGACCUAGUACCAUAAACGCAACGUCUUAAGUUUGUGACAGUAAAGCUUUAUGGUCUUUUCAAACUUACCGUGUGUAACUUAAUAAGAGUAUUGGUGCACAACGGAGUUGAGUUAGUUGGUGAUUCUUAAAGGCAUCAGCGGUCAGUCCGAGAUAGGGGAUUUAGAAGUAUGCCGUUUGUCUCAAUAUCUCAUAAUCACAAUCUCCUAAUCUAAUAUCUUGAGCCGCACUGCCCUAGUGGCACUCUUGAUUAGCUUUUUCACUUGGAAUCUUUUUUUCGCUUUAAAACACUAUACCCCCGGCCAGUGGGCCGAUAACACCAUUUGGCAAUAUUGUCCACAUAGUUAAAUCCAGAGUGUCCUCCUUUCUCUUGCCCUAAAACAGAUCUGUUCAGAUGGCAGCAGGAUGCUCCAUCAAUAUGGCCAAAAUAUGCGACUUUGGACUUUGUGUGUCUACCGGUGUAUGAGUACUUACAAGUAAUUAGGGACCUUAAGAUACACCGUUACCGUGUAGGGGUACGGGUAAAUACCCGUGGGCGUAGCCGUAAUUACGGGUAGAUUGCCUCUUAUCCCGGAGAAACGGCUAGGCUACCAGGUAGAACGUUGAUGCCAUUAUCACAUCUGGGAAAUCAUGGUCGCCUUUUGUAUAACUAGGUGGCGAACAUGCUAACCUACUCGUGCCUGUUGACAGAAACGGUAUAUCAUAACGUCACUUUUGAGUUAUAUACAGAAGUCUGCCCCUUACCUUGGAUACCGGGUGGAGUGAUAAUGCCAAUAUCACAGUUGGGAAACCAUGGUCCCCUUUUAUAACAACACAAGGUAGACCUGUUCUACUACCCGUAUCGUAAACAGAAACAGGAUAUCUCAUGUUCGGUAGGGAAAAGGGUAGAAAUUAAAACUUAUAAAAAGGAAGGGCCAUGCGUACUAUACUCUCUUCACACACUGUAUUGUUAGCUUUUUGAAGUAACAAAACAAAAUUCACAAUAAACAAUAUAUAAGUUGGGUAAAAAGAGAAGCAUGAAAUGAAAAAUGAUAAAUUAUGAGAGCAAAUCACACUAUUGACAUCAUGACUUGGGAGAGGCAUACACAGCCUUGAGGGCCUCGCCGCAUAUUAAGCAUACGAAGAAAGAAAAGGAAUUGAGGAUAAUAUCCAUAAAAAAUAACAUGACGCCCGGACACGACAUUUAAUAAAAUAUAAUUAACAAUUAUUCCACGAGUGCGCGUUGGAUAUGAGUUGCCUAUAAUCAUCUCAUAUCCAACAAGCGCGAGUGGAAUAAUUGUUUUAUUAAACACGCCCACAAAAUAUCGAGAAUUCUUCCCGACUUUAUUUGUAAAAACAACCGAUUCUCAGCUUGUUUUUAAUUUUGAGGAAACGCGUACAGUUACCAUAUUUGGAGAGCAUGGUAGAAUGGCUCAUAAACCAUGAUCAUGGCCAAGCCCAUCAAAGCUCUGGAAUUUCAUUAUUUAUGAUUCAGUUUUAAAUAAUAAUGCUUGUUUCACGAUAAUCACUCGAGAUAUAAAUCGCGACAUUCCUACGGCUUACUCUAAGUCCUUAUCAAGCACUGCAAUGAGGUUCAACAUAAACACUACGAUAGUCGGUUAAUACGUUAUUGAUGAACACUGAUCCAAUGUCUCCUCUACGAUAUCUGGUCGAUAUGCAGCUAAGAAGCGAGUCAGAAAGUACCCCUCCUUAUCUUUCAAUCAUCAUCUAGUAAACACUAUCUAAAUGUACACGCCCUGACAAAACACAGCCGAGAGGUGAUUGGGAUGGUUAGUGCUUGAAUAUGUCCAAUAAUCACGGAAUAAUAAUAUACCACGAUUCCACUUAUUUCGCCUGGGUCACAAACAGUUGAACUGACCAUGGGUGUGUCGAAUCCUAAUAUAACAUCUAAGGAACGUUUACUGGAAGAUUGGCUUGAAUAAAAACACAGUCACUGAAGUAAAGAAAGCCUACUGCUUGUCAGAGUAUCUACCCCUCGUUAAACAAGUUUCAAAUCGGUUUUUAUCCGCGUUAUUUGACAAUGCCGGUGUAAGGCACUUUCCUGGCGUACAUAAGCUUCAACUCUGCCGGCAUACGUGGCUUUUUGUGAUACAUGGCUCAACUUUCAGCGUCCGUGAAACACAGGCUAGUCUUUCUACAUUACAUCUAUCAUGGUUUUGUAUGUUGGUAGAGAAGGUUCUUCAAAACUAAUACGACCGUACUAAAACUGGCUCUUUUCUUGGGUAAAAUCUUCCACGGUCGAUUAGGCACCAAAUAGCCUCAAAUAGUCAAGUGUAACAGUCUUUCUAAAACAAAAACUUCUUUCCCCUCAAUUUCUUAGAAAAGCAACCAACCAGUAGGCACUCAUGUAUUCUGUGAAGAUAUUUUUCUUUGGAGACAAGUGUUGAGAUUUCCCUUUAACUUUUGAACUAUCUAGCGCCCAUUCCACUCAUCACCCUACAGUCAUACACAACUUUUAGAAACUUCGCCACACCCGGGCAAAAUGGGCGCUCAAAAAACAGGUCGGACACGGGUAUAUUACAAAAUGGCUGCUUCUCACACGAGGACCGCAAUUUCGCCAGAGCAUAAUAAGGCUGAGUCGGUGCACAUAACUUGACAUUCAUCGCCGAAGGUUUGUCAGGAAGACAAGUCUUGAGAUCGUCCCUUCCCCAGAAUGCAGAAUUAAUUUUAAGUCCUUCUUCCUGUCCCCCGCAGGACAGCGAGAGCAUGUUUCCGUCGCACCCCAAUGCGGUGGCGUUGGGUAAUCUUACCCAGUUGGUAAGUGUGCUUUCAAAAGGUCGACCAGACGCUUUCAUAAAACAGCAAUAAAGAAACAAGUGAAACAAUUGACGCAUACUACGCGAGAAGCGAAUCUAUCAGGGGAAUAAUUCUUAACGCCCUCAACUUACCAAUGGAACAUUUGUUUCUCAAACAAACUGUCAGAUUAUAUAUAGGGCGUUGCAUAAUUAAUUACGUUUUGCACACACGCCAGUUAGCGUUUGUGACAGGCCACCAGUAAUAGAUUAGUAGAUCGUAUCUUAAGUUGGAGUUUCUUGUUCAAUUGCUUAUCAGAGGAUAUUUUGAUUUGGCCAGCAGUGAGUAACCAACCUGAAAUACACACAGCCAAAACCAAAACAAAUAAUUAUAACGGGUUUAUAUCUGAUCCAUCGAUGGAACAUAUUUCUGAUGUCAACGUCAAAAGGACAACGUACUUUACGACACAGAAUUUUCUACUAAAGCAGCAAACGGCUCCUCAAUUUAUAACAAUUUCAAACUGAUAAACCUCUUAUUUUAUAUCUGUCUUAAAAUUGUUUGUUGUGUUUACAAAGGUAUUUAAUACUGUAUAUACUGAAUAGAAUAAUUGUACAUGUGUAUUUAACUAUAAGAUGCGUUGUGUAAAUCACCGUAGUUAGGGAGUUCACUUCAACAACGACAUUAUUAACCAAUUCUGGUAGAACGAUAUGACGCUUUUUUCGAAUCAAGGUAGUUAAAUAUCUACUACUGCUAUCAUCCGGUGGAGUUGAGCUUCAGCAAAACUGUUCAGUCGGCUGAUUAUCGUGACGUUUAACCUGACAAACGAAGUGUCAGUUAUUCCAAACCCAUGUUAUUUGUGCGAAGGAUAUUCACUGACACAAUUUUAAAAUUUCAAUCCCUCUUAAUAGUAACUACUGCUAAAGGCAACAAUGAUCUUUAGCCACUGAGUAAUAAACCUGACGGCUUAGUGUUUGUGAGGAUGAUCAAACUAAACCAAUUAAGGUUUAAGAAUUAGUUCCCCGUAACCGGUACAUAAAAUCUGUGAGCCGGUUAGUGCGAUCAACCAAUUAAAAGAUAUUACUCUGUACUGUGUAAUGGUGUUGUCCAUUCUAGUAUUUUUCAUAAGAUGACUCCACGAAGGCCCAUUUAAAUCUGAAAGCAAAGCGACAAAAAUAUCGGAGGUCCGCGUUCCAUUCCAGAAGUAAAAGUGACAGAGCAAGCGGUGUUUUUAGAACACCCGGAUGACCUGAUCACAAACAUGCAGGUGGCCAAAACAACCGUCGCGAACCUGAAGCGAUAAUUGAGAUUUCCUCACAGAAUGGGAUAAAAUUUAUCGCUUUUAGCUAUAAAUAAUGUUGUAGAAAAUUCAUUGAACUACAUUUUUUCACAGCGCGAUUGGUUUUUAAUCGAUUCCCAUAUGUUAACUUGGGGUCAUCAAAGAUCAACGCGCAUGUGCCUUUGGAGGUUCGCAUACCAUGGAGAUGAGAUAAUACGCAAUGGAAAGAAUGACUUUAUGGAAAUAGCAUUUGCAAGCACGGACGGUCUGUCAUAAUUCUGAGAAAAAAUCGGGAAAUUUCUGCCUUCCAAGGUUUAUUUUGAUUAUUUUUUCAAGCGUACGGAUUUUAGAUUUCACUGAAAUUUCUUUACUCUAAAUGCAUAGUUAAAGAAUAGUUAAAGAGUCCGUAUUUCUUUCUCGUAGGGCUAGUUAAUCUGCUUAAAUUGCUGGCCAACCGAGCAACCGACUGGUGACUUGAUUAUACAACGUAAGUACGAAAAUUCUUGUCUAUAUUUAUGCCAAAACGGGACCUAAGAUUUUGGUGUAUCCGUUGCCACUAUUACGCUGUUUAGACGCGGCUAAUUGCCUUCGUUUUAGACCAACAUUCACCUCUCUGUCAAAGACUGUUUUGACUUUUGUUCACUAGACACACUUGUCUGAUCAUAAGGUUAUUGAAAUUUCUUGAAAGAAAAAAUACGAUAAAGGAGUAGCCAAUAGGUAUACAGUAAAAUAUAUAAGUGAAUUUAUAUAAUUUUGUAGUAUGAUUACAUUUAAUGCGCCCUUUCGUUAAACUAGGCUAUUGCAGGCCCUCACAUCUGUUGGAAGAGCUCUUGCUUGAAAUUACUUCCCAUUCCCCUACCACAAUUUUGAACACGUAGAAUGAUAUCACAGGGUGUUUUCCUUCAUUCCUUCUCAACCCGACUUAGUUUUCUGCAUGGCUUCCCAUAUUUUCGCAGUACUUUGAAUAGACCUGUGAAGUUAAUUGGUCAGCUUAUCAUAUUUUUCGCAGUAAUUCAUCGAAGCUGGCCAAAGAGCAGUAGGCAAACGGCAAGGAGUGCCGAGGGUCUUACUACCCGCACACAGGUAUAUUAUCCAGUACAUAUAGAUAAUAUUAAUAUCCAAUUCGUAUUUUAUCAUACCGCUGGAAAGGAUUCAGAUCAGUGAUAAUUAAUAAAAUGCAACAAAAUAAGAAAGGACCCCUUACGUGCCCUUUUUUUCAAUAUACAAAACUCUUUUAGACGAACGAUUGUUUGAUGUGAUAAAUGGGGCACAAAACGUUUAAAUAAAGCCUUCUCCUUUAAAAAAAGCGUAGAAGAGAGGUAAUCUUCAAAUCUUUUAAUUAUAAUUUAUCGGACACGUGCGGCAAGAAGAGAGGCUAUACGCGGUAUAGGACGCCACUAAACAUCAGUAUAUUGCUAUUUCAUCCUUACCCAGAGGACAAAAAGACCUCAAAAUGUAGUAAGAACAAUAAUGGAGAAAAAUUAAGCUUAGGAUGGCUUCAUAAAUAGGCCAUUUGCACUAAGUGGUAUGUGACACCGUUUUUACGAAAAUGAAAUUUAUAUGAUUUUGCCUUCGAAAAACGAUUAGUGGGUCAUAUCUUAAACAAAAUAAUGGUGAUGUUUUUUUUCAAACCCGCACCAUUUUCUUAAAAUGAAUAAGUUCGUAAAUGGUCACGUGUCACAUUAGACGGGCAUUAUGUAUGACUUUGUUCAAAAGUUUCAGCAAAAAGGAAAUUUCUUAUGCUGAGUGGGUGCAAAUCUAACUCUAUUCUGAAAGGAAUUAUACCUAAGUAAUAAAAUAUCCAAAGAUGCCAGGAAAUGUAAAUGCCACAUUACUAAGAUUCAGUAUGUCUUUUUUUUUUCAGGAAAAUAUGGCGCUCAUCCUACAGACUUUGAUAACAACUUUACUUGUCGCUUUUGGAGCGUGUACCGAGGUGAUUAACCCAGUAUAGAGUUAUCGUUUAAGUUGUAAUCAUGCAGUAAAUUAGUUAAUGUUCACUGGGACUAACUAAUGCUAGUCAAGUGGCAGGUCUUUCGAAAGCCACGAGGAAGGUAAAAAUAGAGCAACAGAAAACCUGCAGAAGACGCCGAACAAAGGACGCGAUUAACACCUAAUUAAUUCUACCGAUCGUGAUGAAGGGGCAAGAAAGUGGCUUCGCCGCAGGUGUUCCCCUCCAUCAUAUCAGGACGCAAGCAUUUUUAUGAACCAGUCAGAAUUUGAAGCAGAUACAUGUAGUCAAUGUGAAACAAAAAACGCAAGGCAGAAUCAGUUGUUGUUUUUGCUUUCGGCUCGAUGUGUUUGAACAAGUAUCAAAACGGCCGAAAAAAAUCCGAAAACAAAAGAGUUUUGUCAAAAUGGAUUCUCCGUGUUUCACAUCGACUUCAUUACGCAUACAUCGAAGGCGAUACUAACAGGAAAAGGCAGUGCGAAAAUAACUGUAAAAUCCUAAAACACAAUAACAACUAGCACUAACAGUUUUGUAGAAUUAAUGGAGUCUUUCGUGGUUUGUUCAUUUGGGCGAAAAAUAUGAAGGCAGUGGUUUCACUGUUUAACUGAUUUUAACUUUCCCAUAAAGCGUCCCUUAAUGAUUAGCUUUUUUAUCAGCUACAGAAUAAUAAAGAAAAUUAAAUGAAAACUGAAUAACAAUGUCUCUCUUGAACUUGGUGUGCAAAUGAUCACUGGGCCGCUUGCGAGCUUGUCUUUCCUUAUUUUGAGAAGAGCUACAGAGUGCUUUGGCAGGAAAAAAGGAUUUUGCUUCGAAACGCUUACGACUAUUGUUUCUGUUAUCUAGCUAAGUGAUGUCCCUGACAAUGUCCAACUUCAAAAGGAUUCAGAUAUCAACCUAAUGGAAGUAUUAGAGAGCCUUGCGCCGAUUCCAAGUGAGGAGGUGGUGGCAGUAAAACCCAAAGGGGAGGGUAUAGAGAGAUUCAGGCGAAGAGUAGAGCCUGCUGGUGGGACUUCCUCUCUUCCAGUUCUCCCGCAACCUCAACAGAAUAACUCCAUCUUCAGCCAAAAACAAUUAACUGAAAGUGGAACUUCGCCUUCUGGGGAUGGAGAAUGGGACAGCGGGCAUGCUGCAUCGUCGAAAACAAAAAAGGACAUCAUAGUUGGUGAAGAUACCCUCGGUUCUGGGAAUACACUGGAGGACGCAGAACAGGAACAAGAAAAACCAGUUGUACUGAAACCCACAGAACAGGAUUUUGGGUCCACAGUCGGCAGCGCGGAAGAGAGUUCGGGAUCCCUGACAGAUGUAUCUGCUGCUGCAACGCAAAGCUUCAGGCCCGUCUCCCAACCACCCCCAGUCCCUCUUUCACAAAAUUCGGUUAACAAGGAAACUUCCACGGACCCAAAGACUGUAUCCUUUAACGCUGCAGAGCCUGAGGAAGCCAUAAAUGCCUCUAACAGAACAUUCAAUGGAAGCAAAGAGGUUGCUCCAACAGAAGACAGUAAAAAAGCAAGUUCCUCUUCUCAAGGGUUUCCCGAAGCUAGUGGAUUAGGGGAAGGAGCCCCUCCUUUAACCUCUGCUGAUACCAACCAGCAAAAGCUAGCAUCUGAAUUAGAGGCCAGUGGGAGUGGAUUGAACGCAGACGAGCUUGCCUUUAUCGCUGGUCUUCAAAAGGCGAAGACAGAACAGAGCAGUGAGGGUCACACACAGAAGAAAGCGAAGUUGCCAGGAAGUGUGGGUAACGAUGAAGAUGAUGAAGGUGUUGAUGAUAAUGAUAACGAGAGCGGUGACGAAAGCGGAGAGCAAUUCGAUGCUAGUGCAAGUGGAAGUGGGGAGGACGAGGAGGACGAAGAAACAACAUCUGGCUCAGCUGAAAGUCAGGAUGAUAAAUAUCAACGGAGAUCUCAGGUGAAGAAUUCGUCUGAGCAAGAGGAAACAUCGGGGAAAGAGGAUGACGAUGACGAUGACGAUGACGAUGUCGAUGAUGAUGACGAGGAAUCAGGUUCGGGCUCGGCAGAUGACGAAGACAAUGAAGAUGAUUCAGGAGAAUCCAGUGCUGACGAGGAACAAAGGAGAGAUACGAUAAUUGACGUUGCGAGUGGCUCCGGAGUUAGCUUUAUCUCGGGCAUUAGCCAGUCAGAAAGUGAUGAUGCAUCUGCAGAUAGUUCUGGUGAGGAUGAUGAACCUCAAGAACCCAUGCCAGGUAGCAUGGGUCAAGUGAGCGACAUUGAAAAAAUUGAGAAAACACAAGCAGAGCCAGCUACUGCAUCUGGUUUUACCUUCUCGUCCGGGUCUGGAACCCCUUUGCAGAGCAACGUCGAGGAUGCAGUUGCGUCAGGCUCUGGACAUGUUCAAGGAAUUGGAAAUUCUAUUGUGCAGUCCGUUCAAGAUCAAACAAAAGCAAAGCAAACCUCAAGGUCGGGAGAGGAAGAGCUUCCAGGUAGUGUUGGCAGCAUUGCUGACCUUAGCCAACUAGAACCCGAAGCCAAUGUAAAUGCAGAUGCAUCUGGCAAUUCAUUUUCUGGUUCAGGUGAAUCCGCUCAAGCAUCCACAUCAAACAGUCAAAUAGCCCCAGAGCAAUCAUUGCUAGAACAGAUCCUGCCGGAUACAUCUUCAGGAUCUGGAUUUUCAGAUGAAAAAAGAGAAAGCCUCCCUGGUAGUAUUGGAGGCAAGUUAAACUUAGACGAAUUACAAGCCUCUUCCAAGGCGCAAGCGGGAGAAGAGGCGGUGCAGAUAGUAAAGCCCACGGUCAGUGUACAACAAGAUGCUUCUGGUUCGGGAGAAGAACACGCAACAGGUGCUGACCUUUCGCUUGCAUCUGUCUUACAGUCAUCUGAUGCUUCCGGUUCAGGAAGUGAGGAACAGCAAAGCGCCUCUGGAAAUACUGAAGAUUUUCAGUCAAUACAAAUACCACCCUCAGAAGACGAGACUCUGCCUGGUAGUGUUGGAGCAGUGGGCCCUAAUCUCAUGACAAUGGCCUCUCCAGAAAACAAACUGGGGUCCGGAAUGACAGACCAAUCUGGAGCAGGGUCUGGAAUUGGCUCUGGGAUGCAAGCGGAAGCAAAUUUGAUGAAAUCAGCUGAGCUAACAGACAUCUCUGGAUCUGGUUCAGGACAAGACGAAGGGGUUGUAUAUGCGACAAAAAAGCAAACUGUGCAGAAGAAAAUUGCCAAACCGGUCAUGGCACUCUCUAAUAAAAACGAAACAAACGAGAAGUCUAAUGAGACAACCAUUCCUUCACAGACGAAACCGACAUCCACAGGUGAUCAAGAAGUUGAAACUAGCGGGGGAUUUGGGUUUGGACUCGACACGUUGGCAUCAUCCACAGGAUCUGGUCAGGCGGAUGAGCCGCUACCAGGUGGAUUCGGAUUUAGUGAUAGCACUGACCUUCAGUCUUUGGCCGGAUCCGGAAGCGAGGAUGCAUCAGGAACUUCAUUACUGUCCGGGACUGGGCCUCACGUCAUGGACAUUAGCGAGUCGGCAUCAGGAUCAGCAUACGAAGACCAGCUGUCUGAAUCAGGAAAUGGCGACAGUGGAAGCGGCAGAUUAUCAUUUGAAACCUUUGCGAAGAAGGACUAUGCGCCUACAGCAUCAGCAUCAGCGUCAGCAUCAUCAGCAAGUGCAGAGAACGAUAGUGGAUCUAGUUCUGGAUCUGGUUCCCAUGCACUUCCAGUUGCCAAGCACGCCUAUCUACCAACACCAAAAAGGGUCGGCACAGGCAUUUCAUCGGCCACGUUGGCUUCAUCUGCCGCUGGAGCUUCUUCUGGACAGUCAGACUCCGGAGCAAGUACCCUCCCAGGUAGCGUGGGCUUUGAAGCAUCUUUCUCCUCCUCAGGGUCUGCAAUUUUCGAUACCUCUACUUCGACAAAGGAAGGUUCAGGCUCUGGCUCAAACAACAUAGCGGAGUUUCCGGAAGAUUUUAUCGCCAAUGAAGAAAGCUCUUCCUCAGGUGCAGAGAUGAUAAACGCAGUCGAGUCCGGGGCUGGGGAGGGAUCAGGUGCGUUUUCAUCUGGAGAUGUUGGUAUAGAAGAAUCGAGCCAACGUUCACACACUGGAAAACUAAAUCCCUUUAGCUUUACCUCAAAUUCUGGAAUACAAGCUAGUGCUACUCCUGACAAUUUUGCAAGGAUUCCCUUCAAUUUGGAAGUCGGAUCUGGUAGCAAUUAUGGCCUAGGGUCCGGCACUGGGAUAGAUUAUGGCUCUGCCUCGGAUUUCCUUUCGGGUUCGGGAGGAAGUGGCACCCUGGAGUUAACACCAGCAACUAAUCCUUCGGAAGCAAUUGCUGACCUGUUUGGCAACGCGAUAAGUAACAACGAAAAGGAGAAAGAUGGCGAGUCAAGCAGCAGUUCCUCUCUUAGCGGAGGAUCCGCUACUUCUCCUCACAAAGGGGGGAAAAGUAGGCACAGAAUUCCGAUCACUGACGAGUUUGCUGACGACAAUCAUCCUUCUGAAGACAGUGAAGAAAAAGAGCAGGUAAGCCUUUAAAGGAAAACUUUGAUGUACUAAUUACUCUUGGUAAGUAUGGAGAAACGAUUUCCAGUUUAUAUUCGAACUAGAUCUUCCAAAGCCACUCUUAUGAUUAUCCUUGCUGCGCUACAGGUUUCAAUAAAGAGCAUCCCUGAACUGGCUAUGAUGUCAGUCACUUACCUUUCAGUUUCAGUAAGCCUAUGUUUUUUUUUGGUGGGAGCAGAAAGCGGGGAAAGGCUGCAGAGGUGUUCCAAAAAUAUUAUCAAGAAAUUAUAUUGGUAAAUAAAUAUACGUUUUUAGGUUGAAUACGACCUUCCCAAGCCAGGAGACACAGUUGAUCAACAGCUGUUGGACCGCUUUAUGAUCAGUCAAAUCUUAGAGCAAAAUCUUACGCUAUUUUACGGCGGCCUAGCUGGACGCCCCGGAAAAACGGGUCCCGAAGGUCCCUCGGGUCCAAAGGGAGCGCGAGGUAUGACAGGAGCUCCUGGUCCUGCUGGUCCUCUUGGUGAUGUAGGAGCCCCUGGUGCCGAUGGUGAAUCCGGUCCGAUUGGUCCCCCUGGACUCCCUGGUAUGCCUGGUGCUAAAGGAGAACAAGGCGCACCCGGUCUCAUGGGAUUAGCUGGCGAACCUGGAGCACCAGGUCUUCCAGGACCAUUGGGUGAUGAAGGACCUUCUGGUCCGGAAGCUGUAAUGCCAGUAAGUAGUUGAGUACUUAUCCUUGUGCUCGAUCGUGAUAACCAUUUCGAGAAUUAUUUUUUGAUUUUUCAUGUGUAAACAGUCUCAGCUUUGUAUACAGGUAACUUUCUCUAUCGUCCAGGUUUAUAAGUUUCAGUUUUAGAAAUGUGUCCGUUACAAGAGAGUUAGCUGUAGCCUAUUUCGUCAAAAGAAUUGUUGAAAGAGGUUUUAAAGAGUCAAAGUGUACUACACUGUAUCUUUCGUUGACGUUUAAACCAUGCACAAGCAUAAAUUACCCUUGUAUAAUGUUACAGAAGUUUAAAUUGUCUAAUUACAAUUUUGUCAGAACUGCUCGUAUAUUUGCGAAGGAGAGAAGACGUGGCUCCAAUGCAAACAGUAUGAAACCAUCAAAGUAAACCGCGCUUUCUGGGGACGAGAAGAAAACGAGUUCUGCCCUGAAGCUCCUGUAGGCCUCGUCACAGACAAACCAUGUGAGACCGACCCAGAAAAUACAUUUAAGAAGGUCGAAAGCCAAUGCCGACAUAACCAAGCAUGCGAAGUGGUUGCUUCUAAUACGUUUUUCGACGAUCCAACGUGCAAGAACACGUUCAAAUAUCUGAAGCUCUGUUACGAAUGUAUCCCUGACGAGGUUCAUGCGACUGAUGUAUUGCUCGAUCAGGGAAAAAGGCGAAAGAGAGGGACUCGUCUAGAGGAUGUGCUUAGAAAACGUAGAGAAAAAUCCAAACAAAAACUUUUGAAUGAACUGUGGGAACAUCCGUUCCACGCCACAGUUGCGUGA